AUGAUUAAAACACAAAGAUAUAACAAAAGACAUGUUACUUCUAAACCUCUUCUAAGAAAUAUUAAAAAAAAUAAUAAUUUAUUUAAAGAUAAUUCACAAGUUACGAAUGUUGAAAUUACAGAAAAUAAAAGAAAAAAAUAUUUUGAAUUAUACUAA